CUGCGACCAUCGCUUCUUUGUGCGGACUGAUAUAUCCACGAAAGCACCCAUUUUUAUUACCAAAUACCGAAACCUAAAAGGCUUCGGUUCGCGUAAUCUGCCGGAUCAUGGAAGUUGAUCCUCGUCUAUACGAACAAAUUUCAGUCAAUGAUAAUGACAUCCACAACAUUGUUAUGUCGUAUCUUGUCCACAAUUGCUUUAAAGAAACCGUGGAAUCUUUUAUUGCUUGUACUGGGAUGAAGCAGCCUUCUGAUCAUCUUGAGGACAUGGAAAAACGAAAACGAAUUUAUCAAUUUGCUUUAGAGGGGAAUGCACUUAAGGCAAUUGAGUUAACUGAAGAGCUAGCAGCUAACUUACUAGAGAAAAAUAAGGACCUGCAUUUUGAUCUUCUGAGCCUUCAUUUCGUUGAGCUUGUAUGCUCUAGGAAAUGCACAGAAGCUCUGGAAUUUGCACAGAUGAAACUGACCCCAUUCGGGAAGGAGCAAAAAUAUGUUGAAAAGCUUGAAGAUUUUAUGGCUUUGCUUGCAUACGAGGAACCGGAGAAAUCUCCGAUGUUUCACCUGCUUAGCUUGGAGUACCGGCAGCAUGUUGCAGAUAGUUUAAAUCGAGCAAUUCUUGCUCAUGCAAACCAUCCAACCUACACGGCAAUGGAAAGGCUGAUACAACAAACAACAGUAGUUAGGCAAUGCUUAAAUCAAGAGCAUGGAAAGGAUGGGCCUCCUCCGUUUUCUUUGAAGGACUUCCUGAGAAGCUGAAGUGCUUAAAACUCGAAGAACUUCUGUGGAGAACUGUUAAAGGGUACUUAUAUCUUUGUUUCCGAUUGUGGUUUCACUUUAAGGUCUCAUCGUGGUUGACGGCAUAGUCGUUGCCUGCGUCUCUGUAAAGGUUUUGACAAUGGCCCUUUGGGUGCAUCUAAAUGUUCAUGCUCUUUCUGAAGUUUGCCUGAUUGCCUCUUUUCAUGAAUGGUCGUCUAAAGCUCUAAUUUUGCAAUUUGGGUUGCAAUUGGCCUUUUUAAAGUUAAAAGUUUUCAACUUUUAUUUUGAUUUUUAGUUCAUUUGUAUCUGAGUGUUAAUAUUACAUAACUAUCAAAUCAAAAAUUACGU